UCAAUCAAAAUCAAAGGCAACGAAGAGGAAACAAGGGCCAUUGUCGAGUUUGCUUCACCCAAGUUGUGAUGGCUUCUCCACAUAGUGCUUACUUGGAAAAAUGUGUAGCAGUAUCUUGCAAAGAGAUUUUUAAAUCAUUAGAAGAUGAUAAUGUUUCGAGAGUCUUGCUUGUUGGUGAAGCUGGAAUUGGUAAGACAUGGAUGGCUCGCGAAAUAUUCGAGCGUGCACCUAAAGACGAAGACUCCUCAUGCUACGUUUCUCUCUGGUUGAAUCUAAAUAAAGAUUUCCAUGUAUUGUCCCUUUACGAGGAUAUAGCUUCUCAGCUUUCAGUAUUUCUUGAUAAAGAAGAGAGUGAAGAGGAUGAUAGUGAAGAUGAGGAAGAGGAUCAGAAAACUCAAUACUUGGUCAGGUUGAAGGAAAAGAUUCAUGUAAAACUUAGGAAAAAGAAGGAAAAGGCUGAAAAAAAUAAUCUUUUGAAAAUGAAGGCCAAGGGUGAAAGAAAGAAGUACCUCCUUUUGGUUUUGGAUGAUGUAGGAAAUGUGACCAACGAAGCAAAAGUGAUGCAAGAUUUGGAACUUGAAGUUUUCCUUGCUCCUUUCAGACCUAUCAAGAUUCUUCUCACAAGAAGAAAAGGAGAAGGCGACUCUAAAGAUAACAUGAAACCCCUUGCCACAGAGGAGUUACAUGCUAAGUCUGUUGGGGAUAUCGAUUCCCUUGCCACAGAGGAGUUAGAAGCAGACUCUGAUGAAGAGAUCGAGUCCCAUGCUACGACGGAUGGGGCAGGCGAUUUACUUGACCCCCAUACCAUUGAUGCGUCACAGAUUUUAAGCGCCUUCUUUACAGAUACUUAUUUGAUGGGUCUACUCAAGUCCCUGAUUAAAUAUGACUUACUUGAAUCUCUAGAGUGUGAUAUAGUGAAAAGGAGCAUCGGUUUGCCAGCUGCAGUCGUUGUCCUAACCAAGUCUCUAAAUUACAUUGCGUGGAAGCUUCAAUUUUCUCAGCUUCCUCCAAAGCAGGAGGGGGUUCUUUUAGCAGUUCUUUCCUCUUUUGAUCCUGACCGUAAUAGAGCUAAUCCUGUUCUACAUCUCGCAUAUGAGUUACUAAAAACAGAUGAUACCGUGAAGAGUUCUAUUGUUGAUUGCUUCUGGCAUAGCUUGAGCUUCUUUGAGCAUUGUGGGUGUGUUUGUUACCAGGAGUUGAUCGCACAUUGGAUUCUUGAAGGCUACUUCGAUCCUGUUAGAUCCAUUACAGAGGCCUAUAUGGAUGGCCAUGAAGUCAUGAUGGAGCUUUUAGAACGUGGUUUUCUAAAGAUACAUGAGGACAAUGUUGUUAUGCCAGAGGUUGCAAUGAAGUAUUUAAUAGAUCUUCGGGGUCGUGGACUGUCAGGCAGAUCUCGAAUCUCACUUGCUAAAGUUUGUGGUAGUGACAGGACACAGGGUCUAGGGAAAAUCAACCAGCUGGAUGACAUCAUAGAAGCAGUUCAAACUACAAGGAAAGGAGAUAAAACUACCACAGUUCUGAUUAGUGGAAACCGUUUGCGUCGUGAAACUCUAAAAGACUUUUUUGAAAAGCUGAAGGAUAUUGAGAUACUUGGCCUUUUUAAACCCGCAUUGGAACCUGUUGUCUCGUUUUUAUCCAAGCUAGUAAAACUUCGAGUUCUUGUGAUCAGGGACUGUGACCUACUUAAAGAUAUAGAGGAUCUUAAGGCUCUCCGCGGGUUACAUGUUCUUGAAGUUUCCGGAGCCAGCUCCCUGAAGAAAAUAUCUGACGACUUCUUUAUGGAUAUGCCUGAUAUUCAAAGUCUUCAUCUCUCAGGGCUUCAGAUCAAAUUUUCUCCUUCCAGUAUUUCUGAACUGAAGAAGCUUCACUGUCUCAUCAUCAGGGACUGCCCUUUAUUGGAAGAUUUGCCAGACAUACAAGAACUAGUAGAGCUUGAGGUUGUUGAUAUUUCUGGUGCUCGUGGGCUUCAAACUUGUUUUGACCACGCAAACGGCAACGAGAAAAACAUAAUAAAAAACAAAAGCUUUUAUCAUCUUAAAAAACUUCAGCUCCUUGACUUCUCGGAGAGCCAAAUAGAGCGACUGCCAAUAUUUCAGGACUCUGCUGUGGCCGACAAGCUUCACUCCUUGACUCGGCUCUUGUUGUGCAAUUGUAGCAAAUUGAGAAGAUUGCCUAGUUUGAAGCCCUUGUCAGGUCUCCAAAUUCUUGAUCUCUCUGGCACUUCCAGCUUAGUGAAAAUGCUGGAAGUAUGUUUUGAGGAUAAGAAUGAACUCAGAAUUCUUAAUCUGUCAGGCACUAAUCUUAGCGAGUUGGCCUCAACCAUAGAUGAGUUGUCCAGUCUCAAAGAGCUCCUCAUAAGGGAUUGCACCAAUCUAGAAGUGAUCCCAAACAUCCAGACACUGAAAAAUCUCGAAGUCAUUGAUGUUUCCGGCAGUACCAAGCUGGCGAAGAUUGAGGGAUCAUUUGAAGACAUGUCUUACCUACGAGAAGUGAAUCUAUAUGGAACGAAAGUGGAGACACCGGAGUUGCCAAAGGAGACCAAAACCCAUUGUCUUAAGCGAAUCUUUUUGGCAGAUGGAAGGUGUUUUGAAGGUGAGACAUGGAGCCAAAUAAAGGAACACAUUGAACAUGAUAGAUCUGAGAAUGUCAGUUCCGCUGAUGCAGUUGUAUCAUCCCAAGAAAUCUCAGAAGAAACAGGAGAGAUUCAUUCAGCUGAACCUUGUACUGAGAAGGGAGAUGCCAGCAAGGAACAUCUUCUUCAGGUCCCCAUAGACAGAGCUAUAUAUAAGAAGUUACUAUCACGUUUUGAUUCCCCAAGUCACCAGGAAGCCAUGGAGAUCAAAGAAACUAAUGAGCUAGAUGAGGACACACUAGCUAAUGCUGAAUUUGUGUCUUUUGUAGACUGCACUUCUACAAGGAAGAACUUUGAUGUGUUUGAGGUCAAUGAAUCAACUGUAAAGUUUCGUAUUAGAAAUGAGGGUAUGAGGCAUCGAAUAUUGAACAGAGGAAUGUGGAAUAUCAUGGAUAUUCCUAUGAUCGUAUCGAAAUGGUCUCCCUUCACGGAAGACACUCAACCAGCAAUGAAAUCAAUCCCAUUAUGGGUUACGCUAAAGAACGUUCCGCCAACCAUGUUUACUCAUAAGGGCCUGCAGUUUUUAUCUAGUGCAGUGGGAAAGCCAGUUAGGCUACACCCAAAAACAGAGGCGUGUGUUAGCUUUACAGAAGCACAAAUAUUGGUAGAAGCAGAUUUGACGAAAGAAUUACCAUCGGAGUUUGUUUUUACAGGAGAGAAAGAAGGAGAGAUGGAUUCUAUAGUUCAGUAUGCCUAUCCUUGGUUGCCUCCAAGAUGUAGCUGCUGCAAAAAAUGGGGACACUUACAAGCCACUUGCCUCUCCUUGGAGAAGAAGGAGGAGCAAAUUGCAGGAAAUGUCUCGCCAGUGAAAGUACAAGAGAGUAUUGAGACUGAACCAGAUGUUCCGUCACUUCCAGUGGCUGAAGAAACUGUUUCCGUUGUUGAUCUUUCCAAAGAAACUGCAGAGCUUGACUUGAUUCCAGUUGAAGAGAACGGAGAGAUUAUGGAGCAGCCUUGGGUCACUCCAUCGAAAUCCGGUCGCAGCCCAACUAAGAAUCAAGUACAAGUUAACGCCGGCGAAAUUACAGUGCUUUCCAACCCUUACUCUGUGCUAGAGGUGGAGUUAGAUAGGGGAGGAGAUUUGGAGGGAAAAGAAAUCGAUGAGACUGUCAUCAUGCAGGAACCACACGUCAUCAUGCCCAAGGAAACUGGGUGGGUCAGGGAAAAAGAUUUUCAGUUUGGUUGUUUGUUAGAGACAAGGGUUCAGGAGAAGAAUGUCGUGGAAGUUAUUAAGAGUGUGUUUCAUGAUUGGUCACUUUUGACAAAUUAUGAGCAUAAUAGAAGAGGUCGCAUUUGGGUUGUUUGGAAGAACAAUGUGCGUUUGACUCCAUUUUACAACAGUGAACAAUUGAUCACUUGCUCUGUAAAAUUAGAGGACCAAACUAUGGAGUUUUUUUGUUCUUUUGUCUAUGCGUUGAAUCUUGCGGAACAAAGAUCGGCUUUAUGGCAGGAAUUAAAGGACCAUUUUGAUUCUCCGAUUAUGCGUGGCAAACCUUGGAUGAUUUUGGGUGACUUUAAUGAGACCCUAGCUAUGUCUGAACAUUCUCGGGUGGAGGAUAAUCCCAUGGUAACGAGGGGUAUGCGGGAGUUUCAAGAAGCAGUAAGUUAUUGUUCUAUCACAGACAUGGUUUUCCAUGGUCCUUUGUUUACUUGGUGGAACAAGCGAGACAUAGAUCCAAUUAUGAAAAAGCUAGACCGGGUUUUAGUCAAUGAUAUUUGGUGUCAGAUUUUUCCGCAUUCAUAUAGUGUUUUUGAGGCAGGGGGAUGCUCGGACCACUUGAGAGGCCGUAUUAAAGUUUUUGGGGAUGAGAGACUUACUCCAAGGAAGAGACGUCCAUUUAAAUUUGUCAAUGUGCUAGCUGAAAUGGGGGAAUUUCAGCCGAUAGUCGAGAGCUAUUGGCAGGGCACGGAGCCAUUGUUUUUAUCCACCUCGACGCUUUUCCGGUUUACUAAGAAAUUAAAAGGGCUUAAACCAGCUCUCAGGAAUUUGUCAAAGGAGUGUUUGAGUCAUCUGGAAAAGCGUUCUAGAGAAGCUUUGGAGGAUCUUUCUAGCAAACAAAUGGUGAACUUAUCUAACCCCACUGUGCUAACAAUGGCGGAAGAAAAUGAGGCUUAUUUAAGAUGGGAUCAUGUAGCUAGUCUUGAGGAGAAAUAUUUAAAGCAAACAUCGAAAUUGCAUUGGCUCCAGGUCGGAGAUAAGAAUAAUAAAGCUUUCCAUAGGGCUGCAGCGUCUAGGAAAGCGAUCAACACAAUUAAGGAAAUCCAGUGUAGUGAUGGAACUGUGGUUCAAGGGGAAGAUAUCAAGAUUGAGGCUGAGAGAUAUUUCAGGGAGUUCUUACAAUUUGUUCCAUCCGAUUUUGCGGGAGUAGAGGUAGAAGUGUUACAGGAGUUGUUACCUUUUCGAUGCUCACUUAGUGACCAAACUAUGCUUGAAACUGAAGUCUCCAAAGAGGAGAUCAAGAAGGUAUUAUUUGCUAUGCCGAAUGAUAAAUCUCCUGGCCCUGAUGGUUUCACUUCAGAAUUUUACAAAGCAACAUGGGAUAUCCUUGGUGAUGAGUUCUCUAUGGCAGUUCAAUCCUUCUUUGUUAAAGGAUUUUUACCUAAGGGUGUAAAUUCAACAAUUCUAGCACUAAUUCCAAAAAAGUUGGAGGCAACGGAGAUGAAAGACUACCGCCCAAUCUCGUGCUGCAAUGUCAUAUACAAAGUCAUAUCCAAGAUAAUCGCAAAUAGAUUGAAGUUGGUUUUACCGGAGUUUAUUGCUGGGAAUCAAUCGGCUUUCGUCAAAGACCGUUUGUUGAUUGAGAAUGUGCUGCUUGCGACGGAACUGGUCAAGGACUAUCACAAAGAAUCCAUCUCAGAACGGUGUGCGAUAAAAAUUGACAUCUCCAAGGCUUUUGAUUCGCUUCAAUGGUCCUUCUUACUUAAUGUCCUCUUGGCUCUGAAUUUUCCUCAAAAAUUCAUUCACUGGAUUAAGCUUUGUAUUACUACCGCCUCUUUCUCGGUUCAGGUUAAUGCAGAGUUAGCAGGGUAUUUCCAGAGCUCUCGGGGGUUAAGACAAGGUUGUUCUUUUUCUCCCUACCUAUUUGUCAUUUGUAUGGACGUUCUCUCGAAGCUACUCGACAAGGCUGCGGGAGUGGGGCAGUUCGGUUUCCAUCCUCGUUGUAAGGAGCUUGGCUUGACUCACCUGAGUUUUGCCGACGAUUUGAUGGUGCUUUCUGACGGUAAAACAAGAUCAAUUGAGGGAAUUGUGGAGGUGUUUGAUCAGUUUGCUAAGGUCUCGGGCUUAAAAAUAAGUAUGGAGAAGUCGACUUUAUAUAUGGCUGGUGUUUCAACCACUACUCGCCAGCAAUUUGCGAACCAAUUUCUCUUCACUGUGGGUCAGCUUCCGGUUCGGUACUUGGGGCUGCCUUUGGUUACUAAACGCCUCACCGUAGCAGAUUACACACCUUUACUAGAGCAGAUAAGACAACGGAUCAGUUCUUGGACAGCAAGGUAUCUCUCUUUUGCAGGCCGUUUUAAUCUUAUAAGCUCUGUUUUGUGGAGUGUUUGUAACUUCUGGUUGGGAGCUUUCCGUCUCCCUCGUGCUUGUAUUAAAGACAUUGAGACCCUUUGCUCAGCUUUCCUCUGGUCGGGCCCCGAAAUGAAUGUCAACAAGGCGAAGAUCAAAUGGGAUCAAGUGUGUUUGCCAAGGAAAGAAGGAGGACUUGGCCUUCGCAAUCUUAAAGAAGCAAAUGACGUGUGUUGCCUUAAGUUGGUAUGGCGAAUCAUUUCUCAUGGAAAUUCUCUCUGGGCUAAAUGGGUUGAAAAAUAUUUGCUGAAAGGGGACUGUUUUUGGAUUGCCAAAGAAGCUGCUAGUUUAGGCUCAUGGAUUUGGAGGAAACUUCUAAAAUACAGAGACUUAGCAAAAAAUUAUACAAAGGUAGAAGUGGGCUGUGGAGAGCAAACAUCUUUCUGGUUUGACAAAUGGUCUUCUCUUGGUCGAUUGCAUGAACUCAUGGGGGAUAGAGGUAUGAUCGAUAUGGGGAUCAAGAGAAAUAUGACUGUGGCAGCGGCUUGGUCCUCCCGCCGCCGCCGUCGACAUCGGCAGGACACUCUCAAUCUCAUUGAGGAGGCUCUCCUCUCUCAGUUUCAUCGUCGUACCACACAUGAUGAUAUUGUUUUGUGGCGGGGUAAGAAUGACGACUUCUCGAACAAAUUCUCUACAAAGGAUACUUGGAACCAUAUGCGGACGACUUCAAAUACUGUAGCUUGGCAUCGGGGUAUUUGGUUUAGCCAUGCGACGCCAAAAUAUAGUUUCUGCACUUGGCUUGCUGUCCAUGAUCGAUUGGCUACAGGGGCUAGAAUGCUGCGAUGGAACAGAGGAGAAACCGGGGUCUGCGUUUUUUGUCGAUUGCACCUUGAAACCAGAGAUCAUCUUUUUUUUGAUUGCAUCUAUACUUCUGAAGUCUGGGCUGUUCUAGCUAAAGGAGUAUUCAAAGCUCGAUAUACCAAAGUGUGGAAUGAGAUCAUUGCUUUUGUUUCAAGUUCUCAGUUGGACCGUUUAGAGGGAUUUCUUGUUCGCUAUGUCUUUCAAGCUACUGCUCACACCAUUUGGCGGGAGAGAAAUGGUCGUCGCCAUGGUGAAAGCCCGCACACUACAGCCAACUUGAUUAGGAUGGUAGAUCGACAGGUCCGCAAUCAGCUCACGACAAUUCAACGGAUGGGUGAUAGAAGAUACGAGAAAGGGUUACAAGCUUGGUUUCUUUCUAGGCGUUAAGUCUCCUUUGUAAAAACAAAAUUUCAGUUUUUUUUUCGAUUUCAAGCUGCACUAGUUGUAAAAACGAUAUUUUUCUUUGAAUAUAAUUUAAC